AUGGGCUACUGGGGCCACUCGGUGCGUGGAUUUGCAAAGCUUCAAUCCACCAUCUACCUGCCACCUUGGACGUGCAAGGAGCUCCAAGAAGCUGCACACGCUCUUGGGUUCCCGUUCGACGACGACGAGAUUGAGAAGCGGUUCGAGAUGUUUGGUGGAGUCGCUCGGCACUGUUUGAACCGCAAGCAGCCGGCCGUUGACCGCGCUGCUCGCAGGAUUGUGCAAGUCGUUGAAGGGAUCACGAAGCCCAUGGAUAUUCGGGCGCUGAUCAUGGCUUGGGACGAUGACAGCACGCGCCAACGUGUCUUUCAUUACGUCCCUUAUGGAUACAGCUCCGUCAUGAUGGCCAAGUUCACUUUUUCGUUCAUUGAGAAAAAAUGCUCCGCGGUGAUGCAACAGGCAAGUCGAGAGGACCAACGAAUGCUUCGACAAACUAUUGAAGACAUGGAUGAACAGUUGCCUCGUGAGUGGAUUUGGCAAUUCGAAGCGCACGAAAGACUUCGCCAGGGCUGUGAGCUCCAGUUGCAUGCUCUUCAGCUCGACAUGGGCAUGCCUGCGCUGGAGAGCAUCACAAUCGAACUGACUGAAACAUGCGAGGGCUUUAACACUGACAGUUUAUCUCCGUUGGAGGCCACGCGCGGGCCGUACUACCAGCUAAAGUCGAACACAAUGGACUCCAUCAACGCCUUUUACUUGCCGACUAUGCCCGAGCGCGCCGACGGACAAGAUAUCGUUGCGUGGUGGGAGUCAAACCCCGAUAGUCGUCUCGUGCUCUUUCAGAUGACGGUCUCCAAGUCGAGUGAUGUGAACGCGUUUGGGGUCAUCCACGUGCUGGACAAGCUUGGGCUGCUGGAGAGCGUGGCGAAAGAACCGUGGCGAGUUGCACUGGUAUAUAUGUCGUACCAGGAGAACGGAUUGACGGACGCCAUGAGCGCGUGGAGACGAAGGAGCGAUGGAACGUGGGUGUUGGUAGCGCAGGGAAAGCAGCCAAAGGUGGUGGCACCCGACAUGGUGGACAUCCUGGAAGCUCUGGAGAUGAACCGACCGUACUCGUCUCCGGUCGACUUGUCCUGGACGCUGAAAGAACACUUAGCGUUCGAGACGAAGCUACGAGCAGCCGAGGACUCAGCGUAA